AUGGCGAGCUGCCUGCAGAGGCGGCCGAGCCUGCUGCUGGAGGAUUUGGAGACGCGGCUGUUUCCCCUGUGCGAGUACCUGGACACCAUCGGCAUUCCCCCCGAGCAGCAGCGCCUCAUCAUUGUCAAGCGGCCGCAUGUGAUGGUGCAGUCAUUGGAUGACGUGCGAGGGGUCAUGGCAUUCCUGGUGGGCCACGGAGUGGAGAAAGCAGCGCUGACGCAACUGGUGACAUCAGCGAAGGGCCUCCUGAGCAUCCGGCGGCCUGUUCUGGCGCUGCGCAUGCGCAUGCUAAAGGAACAUCUGGGAGGCAACGCCCUGGACGUGACCCGGUACCCUGAGUAUCUGAUGCAGAGGACGUGGAGAGUGGGCUCUCGGACUGCCCUUGUCAAGCACCAUGGCAGACAGGUGGUGAUGCCAUCACAGGUUGAUCAGAAGGCUUGGGAUAGAAUUCUCCGCUCGCAGUGGGUGAAGCACGAAGACCUCCCCAUACCGCUGUCAAAGCUUCUGAAUUCCAACCUGUUAUGGGUGUGUGAAGCGCUGAGGAUCUCUGAGGCGGAUGGUGCGGCCUUUGUGGAGAAAUGGGAAGCCGAGGAGGGUGAGAGGUGGUCCGAGCUCACGGCAGAGACUGCCUCAAUCGCUCAACUUGUAGCGGUGGAGGAAGCUGCAGAGGCAGAGGUGGCAGCAGAGGCAGAGUUGAGGGCAGCACUGGAGAGUAUGACUUCAGUUGAGGGCGAGGAUGCUUAUGAAGCUCCAGAGGAACCAGUAGAGCUAGAAUUGGAAGACGAUGAUGCACCCACGGUGUUGCCAGGUGUUGCCUGA